AUGUUAUUUGUUUUGGCAAUAGAAGGGUUGAAAGCUUUAUUUGAGAAUGCAGUGAACGUGGGUUUGUUAGAUAGUAUUCACAUUGAUGGUUAUGCGAAUCCGAUUUUUAUUCUGCAAUUUGCGGAUGACACAUUACUUUUUUUGCCUAAUAACUUGGUGAUGGUCAGGAAUCUUCUUCGGAUACUCUGUUGUUUAGAGUUGGUUUCUGACCUCCAAAUUAACUACGAAAAAUCUUCUGUUAUUGGUAUUAAUGUGGACGAUAAUUCUUUAUCAGAUGCUGCGGGCUUUCCCCUUUCUCUGAAACCAGUUAAGGCGCCUUCUUGGGAUCCUGUUAUCUCAAACUUUUUGCAGCAACUAGCAGGUUGGAAAGGUAAUCUCUUGUCUCCGGCUGGUAGAUUAGUUUUGGUAAAGUCAGUUUUGAGCAGUUUGCCUGUCUAUUUCCUUUGUUCGUUCUACAUUCCUUGA